CCGAGUCGACACCAUCGUUUCCAUUCGGUGUGCCCAAGUUCUCCACGCGCAGGAUGUCUAACGGCUACGAUAAAAGGACACGGUGAACUUUAGUGAACCUGUGAUGUGACAACUCGUGACUGGGCCCUUCAGAAAUCCUCACCAUGAUCGCCCCGUUCGCUUUAAGGAAUCUGCUGGUCACCGUUUGGUUCACGUCGGUGGUUAACGUCAGAUCUGCAAUCAUGCGACCACCUUGGGCAGAUCCCUCAAAUAAUCCUUGCGCCGCGCAACCACGUGGCUGGCAAUUGUUAUUUUGGCCGCCGGAUGGAAAGUGUUACAAAAUAUUCCAGAUUGGGGCACCAUGCCCCGAGACAAUGGAAUUGGGCCCGGCGGCAGGCGGCGGAGGAACUAUAGCAGAGUGCAGGUGUCCACCUGGUACUGCACAGUCUCCUAGGGAUGCUCUCUGUCAUUCGAUAUACACAAGAGCGUCUUGUCCGAAGGGACAGUACUUUGCACCAGUACCAGAGACGUUUGGAAAGUCAAGGUGGGGUGUCUGCCGUGAUCCAGAACCAUGUACAGAGAAAGGAGAAGUGUACUGGCCCAGGGACGACAAAUGUUACCCGAAAUUCAGCAGAGGACCGUGCCCGAGGGGUGAACUUGUCACCACGGACGAAGAUGGAUUGACUGUGUGUUCUUGUUCAACGACUGGUGAACUUGGUAAAUAUCAUUGGCCAGGAACAACAGGAGGUUGCCACGAACAUUACACGAAAGGUCCGUGCACAGAACUCGGAGAAUUAUUUUUACCAGGCGGUGCAUGUGGCUGCCACUCUGAACUACCUCAUUAUCACGAGCCGACUGGAAUGUGCUACCAAUUAGGUGGUAUCGGUCCAUGCUUGAAAGGGCAUCAAUUCGUCAUAACGGACACAAUAGCCAACGAAGAUUUAAUUCGAGCCCAGUGUAUCUGUAAACCAGACCACGUUCUCUACGAAAAUGGACUCUGCUAUAGGCUUUACACGAGGGGACCUUGCGAAUAUGGUCGCAUGUUAAUAAAUUCGACGACCUGCGUUCCCACGCCGUGCAAACGCGGACGGUUGUACUUCCCUCAAGAAAAAACGUGUUACAAGAUAGGAACCAAAGGACCGUGUCCAAACGGGCAAAUCGUUUUAUACGAUUACAAUGUGAGACCAUCCAUCGAUGGGAUUAGCUACAACGGAGUGUGCGGAUGCACUAACGCGCUCAGGGACGCUGAAGAGUGCACCGAGGACAGUAACGAUAGCUGUGAAUCUACGCCGGGGAUGGUGGUGAUAAAUAAAACUUGCUACAAGUUGUAUACACAGGGGCCAUGCACAGCGGGUGAAUGGCUGGUUGCAAGAAGAAUGCCAAAACCGACCUUAUGGAAAAAGAAUGAAACAGAACCAAGAGCUAGGUGUGAAUGCAGGCCUGGCUACAAAAGAAUUACAGAGAGUUCCGAAGUGUCUGAACUAGAAAGUAAUAAUCUCCUUUCUCCGGGUGGUUGUCUGCCGCCUGCAGUGAGCUUAGCAAAGUUUCUUAACGAAAAUGUAAAAACGAUAAACUUUUAAGAGGGAGAAAUCAGACUAUGCUUGCGUGUAUGCACUAGUGACGUAAAAGAAACUUUUUGUGCAGGUAUACAAGUUGCGUAUGUUUUUAAAUAAUAUGUGUAAAUAGUACUGUACAAAUAUUACGCGUUAAGAUAGUUUUAAAUACUUGUAUCUCGAUUUCAUAAGGAUUCCUAUUUAUUUAAAGUGCUAUAA